GGAGUCCACCAAACCAAAAUCAGGACUCUCACAGAUUGGCUUUCACAUGGAAUUCUGAGGACUGGAUGGAAGCUCCUUGCAUCUCACGCCGCCCUGAUUUUUCCAGUGAAUUAUCACCACAUGCGUCUUGACUCUUGAGCAGUAUCAUUUACCAAAUUUUAUUUGCCAACUCACCAAUUUGGAGUGGACAAGCCCAGAAACGCAAACAGAAAUAUUAGGGUUCUGUCUAUAAAAUUUGAUAUAUUUUUUGGCAUGUGAUGACUGAUGGGUGGACCACUCACCCAUCAACCAGAACCACCAAAUAUUUUUCCUUUCCUAAAGCAGCUACAGGUGGUCACACCACCCGACAUAAUGCCAGCACUUCCAAGGCUCCAACCACUGUUUGCCACAUGCACAGGAUAAAAGCCAUGUCACAUAUGCUUAUCUUUCAUCUACCCAUUUUCACAAUGUGCAUUCUAUGAUAUAGCACUUUUUGCAGCUAACCCCAAAACCCAGAAAGAAGAGAAACAAAACCAGAAAGGAAAAGGUAUUGAAGGUUCAUACAUGAGUGAGGUUGCAGCUGGUAGUGCCUUCAUUCCUCGCCACCACCACCACUUGCCCCUGGGCAUAGGAAAAUGGAAGGAUCAGCUUGUCAAGCCCAACAGGCAGUGGCAUGUGGUGACUCAACCAAAGUGGCAGCCAGUGAUCAAGAACCAGAUGGUUAAGCCUUCUACUUACACUUCCAGAAUCUCCACUGAUCUCCCUCUCUAUGAGUCUCCUGGGGCUUUGUUUGAUGAAUAUCUGGAGGACAAGCCCAGAGUGUUCAAAGCAAUAUUUCCAGACAAAAGAAGAAGCCAACGAAUUAAUGAGGAAGAAUGGAGGAUUCAAAUGUUGCCCAUACAGUUCCUUUUCCUUACUGUGUGGCCAGUAAUAGACAUGAGAUUGAGAUGCAAAUCAAGAGGGAAAGAUUACCCACCUGGCGUUCCUCACAACAUCACAAAGGUUCUUGAGCUCAACAUUAUUAGAUGGGAGCUCCAAGGGCUUGAUGAUCUUCUCAAACCAUCUCAUUUUAGCCUAGGUGUAAAAGGAGCCUUGUAUCCAGAGAGACAGGCAAUGCAGAGCCGGCUUAAAGGUCAGCUAGAGAUGAGCAUAAGCUUUGUCCUUCCUCCUGUGCUUGCUCUGGUCCCUGAAGAUGGUCUCCGAAGUGUUGCAGAGUCGGUGCUAAAAAGAUUGCUGGAGAACAUGAAGCAUAAAGUUAAUGGAAGCCUGCUUGCAGACUAUAACGAGUUCAGGAAGCAGAAACUGAAGAAUCUAGUUUGAGCUUAUUGCUUGAUCUCCCUAUAAAUUCAUACCAGGCAAUAAAUUUUGAAAGCUGGAGUUCUUGCAUUUUCCAUCAACCCAGAUGAAGCUGACCAAAACUACAGAAGCAGGACAAAUUGCAGACAUGAUACAAAGGAUCCUGAAGAAUCUGCCACCUUGUAGAGAGAUUUCCUUUCUUUUAGCACUCGUUGAGUUGAACAUAUUCUUUUGAAGGUAGUUAUUCUUGAGAAAAUUGUGGUAUCAGAGAGCAUUUCUGGGGCAUCCCACUUCCAUAUGUAGAAUUUGAAUACCUGAAAUCAAUGGGAAGAAUAUCUUAAUUUCAA